AUGUCUACCCCGGCUGCUGGUGCUCAGGGAACAAUGCCUAACUGGCAAAAGAUGUUGGGGGAAUAUUGCACGAAAAACGCAUUGACAGCUCCGGAGUUUCAUAUCGUGUCGGAUCGACGAGGAGGCAGAACUGCAUGGUCCGCAACCGUCAAUGUAGGAGGCCGGAAUUUCGCUGCUCGGUACUGGUACGACGGUCAAUACCUUAACAAUGCCAAAGAAGAUGCUGCCGAGGUCGCAAUAAGGCAACUGGAUCCUCAACCAUUCGUUCCUCAGACAAACUAUUCGGGUCAAUUCUAA